AUGGCUGCGCGUAUUCCGCUUCGUCUUAUGCAACAUCGCCCCACCCGGAGACAAAAUAUAGGAAAGGAGAAAAGACCAAAUCCAUCUCGAUGUCUCCCGUGUUCUGUCUUGUACUAUUGUGGAAUCACUCCGCUUCCCCUUGCCCUUGCCUCCUCACUCGUUAAUCAAAGAAUUCUCAUAAAUAAUGAUACUUUAAUCUUCUCCAUCCCCUUUUUCGAUCCCAGCGGAUCCGAACAUUCGAAUCUUUCGCUCAUUCGAGUCGGGAAUGCGACAAUGGGAUCGAAGAAGAAGGGCUCCAUCAGCGAAGAUGAUGUCUCGAUCCUUCUCCAAAG